AUGGCUGCAGUUCCAGAUUUGGGAGCAGGGGCAGCGGUGGGCGGUGAGGACUUUACAGCCACAGGAGCAAAGACCCAAAGUGGCUUUGGGUCAGGGCGGAGUGGGAGAACUGGUCCCAAGAACCCCUUUUGGGGAGCCUUAAAACCGAGCUCCCUGGGUGCAGCUGGCCAGAGCACACCAACUGCUUUCCAUGUGGCCAGCACGCCUCAGAACACUCCUGGGUUUGCAGCCAUCACCACCGGCUUUGGAGCUGUGACCCAGCCCACCAGCUGUGGGACCAGUACAUCCGGGUUUGGCAGCACCAUCUCAGCGCCCUUCACAUCUAUGGUGUCAGCAGGCCCCACUGGCAGUGGCGGACUUGGGACAGGCGUGCCUGCCCCCCACA